ACGGGAGAUGACGGAGCGGCGGCCCCCGCACCGCUCGCUACAGUGCCCGGAAGAAAGCGCCGGUCGCGCAUGCGCCGCUGACGGCGGAGGCCCGGCGCGGUGCGACGGGACGGAUGGAGGCGGCGGGCGGGCUGCGGGCCCGCGGGCCGGUACGGCUCCGCCAGCGGCGGUCGGUGCUGUACAGCUCCCCCGGCGGGCAGCGAGGCUCCGGCGCGGCCGGCGGGCCGGCGCCGCUGCUGGCGCUGGCGGUGGCGCUGCGGACGGUGAACUGCUUCCUCGUCCGCACCAGCUUCGUCCCGGACGAGUACUGGCAGGCGCUGGAGGUGGCGCAUCGCAUGGUCUUCAAUUAUGGCUACCUGACUUGGGAAUGGGUAAAUGGCCUAAGGGGCUAUUCAUACCCACUAAUCUUUGCAAGCAUCUACAAAGCUUUACAGCUGUUGGCCAAGGAUGAUGUUCAGCUGUUGAUAUGGGUCCCUAGACUUGCACAGGCAGUGUUGGCAGCUUUUGCUGAUGUGAAGCUUUACUCAUUAGUGCAACGCCUUGAAAAUGCAGAAACAGCAAAGUGUGUGUACUUCUGCCAGCUGUGUUCCUGGUUUACAUGGUAUGCCUGUACCAGAACUCUAACAAACACCAUGGAAACUCUUCUUACCAUUUUUGCUCUUUCCUACUAUCCAAUAAAAGGUUCCAAGAUGGGAAGCAGUUGCAAAUAUUUAGCUUUGCUAGCACUUGCAAUUGUUAUUCGUCCCACCGCUAUUAUCCCAUGGAUACCUUUGGUCUUCAGUCAUUUUUUGCAAGAACAGAGAAAAGCAGACCUUAUCCUACACAACUGCCUUCCAAUUGGAUUGGUCACAGUAGGAACCUCUUUAAUAAUUGACCGGGUGUUUUUUGGUGAGUGGGUACUGGUUCAGCUGAACUUCUUGAAAUUCAACGUGCUGCAGAAUUUGGGAGCAUUUUACGGAUCUCAUCCUUGGCAUUGGUACUUCACUCAGGGACUACCAGUCAUCUUGGGUACCCAUCUGCCUUUUUUUAUUCAUGGCUGUGUGCUGGCAGCAAAAAGGUAUCGCAUCUUUCUAAUGACAGUUAUUUGGACAAUGUUGGUGUACAGCAUGCUCAGCCAUAAAGAAUUCAGGUUCAUCUACCCAGUACUACCAUUUUGCAUGAUUUUUUGUGGAUAUUCUUUGAAACAACUGAAAGCAUGGAAGAAAUCUGCAGCAAGUUUCCUGCUUUUAUCAAACUUACUCCCAGCCCUGUAUACAGGGUUGAUUCACCAGCGAGGCACUCUCGAUGUUAUGAGUCACAUACAGCAACUCUGUAAUAACUCUUACCAGUCACAAGCUUUUGUCUUCAUCAUGAUGCCGUGCCACUCUACUCCAUUUUACAGUCACGUUCACUGUCCUCUAAAAAUGAGAUUCCUUCAGUGUCCCCCAGACCUAACCAGAGAUGAGAGCUAUAUUGAUGAAGCAGAUGUAUUUUACUCUAAUCCACUUGGCUGGCUUAACAAGGAGUUUUACAAUGAUACGUUAUUACCCAGUCACUUGAUCUUCUUCAGCGUGCUAGAACAGGAAAUAUCAUCAUUUCUAACUUUAAGGGGCUAUGAGAAAACAGCUACUGUCUUUCAUACUCAUGUACCUCAAGGACGAGUUGGAAGCCAUAUCUAUAUCUACAGGAGAAAAACUGAAAUGAAUCAUACCUGAAGAUCAGUUUCUAGACUUAAGACCUAAUGAGAUCAGUUUGGCAUAGCAGUACUAUGCUUAGAGGAUCUUGUACUGCAGACAGGAGAGUGUAGUGAGUCUGAAACCGGGUAAGUCAGAAGGGGAAAGUCUGACUAGGCAGCCACUGGCUGUCUGGAAACACAGAAACCUCUUCCUGAAGGCAACUUUGGUAGCAGUAUGGCAGGAUGUGGGUGCUGACCUACCUUACAACACCAGAAAACAUCAGGAAAACCGAAGUUACCAUAUGACUACUUGAACAGUAAGCAAUUAGACAAGACUGGACCAUUUUUAUAGAACUGUACAGCUAUACUAGGUUUGUUUUAUAAAUAAAGACUUUUACCCACAA